AGCAGGCAGCAGCUGCGGCAGGUGUGGGAAGGGCAGGGAGGCUGCGUGGGUGAUCCUGCUGAUGGGCCAUAGUGCUUGGUGUGGGAGCGAGUGAACAUCCCCAGGCCCUGCAGCCUGGACAGUGGUGGGAACCCCGGUUCUCAGUUUAGCCAGCAGCCAGUGAGAGAAGGAUUCUUCCACCAAGGUGUGGGUCUGAGCAGUGAUGACCAUCUCCUACACUCUGAAAGUUGCCAACUCCCGUUUCGGGGGUUUCUCCAAGCUGCUCUUCCGCUGGAAAGGCAGCAUCUACAAGCUGCUGUACAAGGAGUUCAUCGUCUUCAUGGUUCUAUACGCUGUGCUCAGCCUUGUCUAUCGGCGGCUGCUGACCGAGGAGCAGAAGCGCCUCUAUACCAAAGUGGCUCAAUACUGCAACCGCUCCACGGACCUCAUCCCCAUGUCGUUUGUCCUAGGUUUUUACGUCACUCUGAUUGUGAACCGGUGGUGGGCCCAGUACACCAGCAUCCCCCUGCCCGACCAGCUCAUGUGUGUCAUCUCCAGCAACGUCCAUGGCAAGGAUGAGAGGGGCCGGAUCCUGCGGCGCACCCUCAUCCGCUACGCCAACCUGUCAGCGGUCCUCAUCCUGCGCUCUGUCAGCACCAGGGUGCUCAAGCGCUUCCCCACCAUGGACCACGUGGUGGAAGCGGGCUUCAUGACGCAGGAUGAGCGGAAGAUGUUCGAGAGGCUCCACUCUGACUUCAACAAGUACUGGAUCCCCUGCGUGUGGUUCACCAACCUGGCGGCUCAGGCCAGGCAGGACGGCCGCAUCCGUGACGACGUGGCCCUCCGCCUGCUUAUGGACGAGCUGAAUCUCUACCGGGCCAAGUGCAGCAUGUUGUUCCAUUAUGACUGGAUCAGCAUCCCUCUGGUGUACACGCAGGUGGUCACCAUCGCGGUCUACUCCUUCUUCGCCUUCUGCCUCAUCGGGCGGCAGUUCCUGGAGCCACUGGAGCCAGGGCAGGAGGGGGACCUGGACAUGUAUGUCCCUCUCCCCACCCUCCUUCAGUUCUUCUUCUACGCCGGCUGGCUCAAGGUUGCAGAGCAGAUCAUUAACCCUUUUGGAGAAGAUGAUGAUGACUUUGAGACCAACAAGCUGAUAGACAGGAACCUGCAGGUGUCCCUGCUCUCUGUGGAUGACAUGUACCAGAACCUGCCCCCUGCUGUGAAGGACAAAUACUGGAACGAGUCCACGGCUCAGCCCCCUUACACCAUGGCCACAGCCGCUGAGACCUUGAAGCCCUCGUUCCUGGGCUCUACCUUCGACAUGCGCGUGUGCGAGGACGCAGAGCAAAGCCAGCCAGCAGAGGCUUCGCCAAGCAUGCCACACAUCCAGACACCUCUGCUCAGCCGCUUCUUCACCGCUGCAUCCCCCGCCAUCAGCAUCAAAAACUUUGGCUGGGGCAGCCGAGGUCAAUCCCAUCUGCAGCGGCCCCGGGCCGACGGCGGCUUCCCCUCCCCUUUCCCCAACCACUCUGAGAACCCUGAGUCGGUGGCUCGCAUCGAGGAGGAGGAGACAGAGGAUGAGGAGCCCAAUACACUCAGUGGUCGCCCCAGGGAGACCCAGCCGCCAGAGGCCUCUGAAACACAGAGGAAGGAGCUGCCGCUGAUCCACGUGAAGGCACCAUCCAGUGAGUGCAUUGGGGCUGGCCAGCUGGAGGCCUGGGAGCCCUGAAGCUGCCCCAAAAGCACCCCUUUCCUGGGGGCAGAAUAGCUGCCCCCACCCCAAGGCACUGCCACCACCAGCCACAAAGCUCCCUGUCCCUGGACACCCCCGUCGAACCCCCUCUUCAGAAGCAGGACAUUGCCGGGUCUUUUGCCACCCAGCCCCAAGCCAAGUUGUGUCCCCAGGUUGAUGGGAAGAACCUGGUGGGUUUAGGAUUGGGCAGACAGCCUUUAACACUAGCUAUCAGCCCCAAAACUGCAGGAUUCAACCCAUCCGUGUGAUGAUGCCACUGACUUGCAGCUGGCCAGUCUCACUCCCUCCUCCCAUGGCGCAGCGCAGGGGACAGAGGACAGCACAGAUUCCAGCAAGGGAUGGGAUGAGGGCAUAAGCCUUGCACAAGACCAACACCAUGAUGGAGAG